AUGGAUAAUGAUGUUCAGUAUCCUGGAGAAGGCGAAAACUUGGUUUGUUACUUUGAAGAUGGUUCCUUCUCGAUCGUUUCAGAAAAAGACCUAUUGCCGUUCGAUCCAAAUAGUGAACCAUAUACCACUUACAUGGAGGGACCUAACUUUUCGAAAUUUCAAAAAGACGAGGCUGUCACUCUGGCGACAUUAUACUUUGAAAAGGGGGCAGUGCCGCCUUCGUUUAAAUGGCUUCGGAAUGAAGAUUCCGGGAAUGCCUCAGAUAACAAUGGAAAUAACCAUUCGGGCAUCAAUGGAUGUAAUAAUGCAGAUUCUGUGGGAUCAGAUACUUAUAAUACUGGCGAUGAAGAUGGAACCAGCGCAGUGUCAGGAAGGAAUACUGCCACCAACACAAAACGGCAUUCGAGAAAUGAAAGCUCUAAUAAUGUUUCAGAACAAACGAAUUCCAAUAAGAGGGAAGGAAUAUCCAAGAGGGAUAAUGGCGCUGGCCAAAGGAAGGAUAGUAUCUCGGGUCAAGGCAAAAAAAAUUUGAUACCGACAACGCCGACAUCAAAUUCACGUACCACCAAAGUCACUAAGCCUCGAAGUUCGUCAAAUGCCAACAAAUAUGUUGCUAAUGGUUCCGCCAACAAUAAUUCAACAUUAUCGAAACCUACAUCCAAUAACAAUUCCAAUCCUUCGCAGCAGACGAACAAUAAGUCUUCCGUCAACAAUUUCGCGAGUACCACCUGUCACAAUAAUGCGAACACCAAUACAUCUAAUCAACAGUCGCACCAACUAUCUGCGGCAGAACGGGUGAUAUCAUCUAGAACAAAACAGUGCUCCCAUUGUGGAGAGAAAACAACCACUCGCGCCAACACCAACGGUGAUAAUAAAGAGCCGUGUAGUAAAUUAUUGUGUGGUGAAUGCGGAGAAUUAUUGAAUUCAUUCUUCAAUUCAUCUACAUGCGAUCCAUCAAGCAGUAAUAACGUGUGUGGUGAUGGUAGCAAUCAUCAGAUUAACGGUGGCCGAAUGAUUAUGGCGAUAUUUGAGAAUAGGUAUUAUUGGGAUCAUUACAUAGAGAAGAAGAGAAAAUCGCCAAGUAGAUUAUGGGGGAAUGGACAAGGUUAUGAUGGUGAUGGUGGCGGUCAAAUUGAGAUAAAAAUAUUGAACGAUGUAUUACCGGUUAAUAAACGUUCUAGAUGGAUCGACAUACUAGCGAACUCUAAUUAA